UCCUUUGGCAGACCUGAAAUCGGAGCAGGUCGGAGCUCGAACUGCUCGGAGCAGAGGAGAGAUCGACGAGCCGUGAGCGAGCGGAUCACAUUACGCAUAUCACAUCCGCAGUGUGCACUUUGCAUCGGUGAUCGGUGGAGCUGGAGCUGAAGCGAGUGGCGACAACAUUACGUAGAUAAUACGACGCGAACGCUGGCGGUGAACGAUAUCGUGACUAUCGUCGUCGUUGUCAUCAAGAGUGCGUCUAGCAGCUGGCCUAGCCCGGUCUCACGACGGAGAUGAUCGUCGCUCGCAAUAAUCGUGACGGAGCGAACGUGACGGCGUGCUGGAAACCCACCGUCUCGGCGGGGAUGUGAGCGAGAGGAACGCGCUCGCGAGAGCGCCGCGCGGCGUCGUCGUCGUUGACGACCAGCAACCACGACGACCUGGCCGGCUAAUCGAGGGGGGUAAGAGACACGCGCCCGGCAGUGUUGUUAUCGUCGUUGAACGCGGUAUAUACGAGCGACUCACGUCCGAGGGAGACGGCGAGUCCGAGGGGGAGCACGAUGGCGGAUUUUGACGCAAUCUACGAGGAGGAGGAGGAACAUGAACAGCGUCUAGAGGAGCACUACGUCGCGAUGGUGCCGGACCCGAUCGUGAUCCGCGGGGCUGGCAACAUGACAGUAUUCGGUCUCAGUAACCGUUUUGAAUCGGAGUUUCCCAACGGCCUCAUGUCCCGCGUGGCUCCAGAAGAGUUCAAGGCGACUGUUAUGAGAGUGAACAGUGUAUUGAAAAAAACUUUACCUGUUAACGUUAAGUGGUUAUUCUGCGGUUGUGUAUGCUGUUGCUGUACUCUAGGAUGUUCUCUGUGGCCUGUCAUUUGCUUGAGCAAAAGGACUCAGCAUUCGUUAAAUAAAUUGUUAGAAUGGGAGAAUAGUAGGCUAUACCACAAACUCGGUUUACAUUGGAGAUUGGCAAAACAAAGAUGCGACAGCUCCUCCAUGAUGGAAUAUGUUCUUUUGAUUGAAUUUAUUCCAAAGAUUCCAAUCUAUAGGCCCGACUAAGCAAUGGGCAAUCGUACAAUUAAUAAUAUGUACAAUGCAAAUAAUCAGCAAUGUGCAAUGUGCAACUGACAUGCAGAGAAAUAUAGAGAAGAUGAAGUGCCGCUACGAUGAUAUAGGUACUUUUCUGGUACUUAUGUAAUGCAUAUUUUUGUAAAUAUUCUGGGUAGGAAUGCACAGUACAAUAAUUCGACAUAACAGAGAAUAGAUCACGUUUUGAUCAUAGAAAGAAAAUGGCAACUGUUAAUUCUUUAUAAUUAAUAUAAAUUUAAAAAAUAUU